AUGGCAGCAGGAGUAGCAGCAUGGUUGCCCUUUGCCAGGGCAGCUGCCAUAGGAUGGAUGCCAGUGGCCAACUGUCCCAUGCCACUGGCUCCAACGGAGAAGAACAAGAGGCAGGAUGAGCUGAUCAUUCUCAAUGUGAGUGGCAGGCGUUUCCAGACCUGGAGGACUACCCUGGAGAGGUACCCAGACACGCUCCUGGGCAGCACCGAGAAGGAAUUCUUCUUCAACGAGGACACCAAGGAGUACUUCUUCGACCGGGACCCUGAGGUCUUCAGGUGCAUCUUAAAUUUUUAUAGGACUGGCAAGCUGCACUACCCCAGGUACGAGUGCAUCUCUGCUUAUGACGAAGAGCUUGCCUUCUAUGGCAUCCUCCCGGAGAUCAUCGGGGACUGCUGCUACGAAGAGUACAAGGACCGGAAGCGGGAGAACGCGGAGCGGCUGAUGGACGACAACGACUCGGAGAACAACCAGGAAGGCUCCAUGCCAUCCCUCAGCUUCCGGCAGACCAUGUGGCGAGCCUUUGAGAACCCCCACACCAGCACCUUAGCCUUAGUCUUUUACUACGUCACCGGUUUCUUUAUUGCUGUCUCUGUGAUCACUAACGUUGUGGAAACUGUCCCGUGCGGCGCGGUGCCCGGGAGCAGGGAGCUCUCGUGUGGGGAGAGAUACGCGGUGGCUUUCUUUUGCCUGGACACGGCUUGUGUGAUGAUUUUCACAGUUGAGUAUCUGUUGAGACUCUUUGCGGCCCCAAGUCGCUACAGGUUCAUCAGAAGUGUGAUGAGCAUCAUCGACGUGGUGGCCAUCAUGCCCUACUACAUUGGCUUGGUGAUGACCAACAACGAGGACGUCAGCGGAGCCUUUGUGACCCUGAGGGUUUUCAGGGUUUUCAGGAUUUUCAAGUUCUCUCGCCAUUCCCAAGGCUUAAGAAUCUUGGGCUACACUUUGAAGAGCUGUGCCUCCGAGCUUGGCUUUCUCCUCUUUUCCCUCACUAUGGCAAUCAUCAUCUUUGCAACUGUGAUGUUUUAUGCAGAGAAAGGGUCCUCGGCAAGCAAAUUCACCAGUAUUCCUGCUUCCUUUUGGUACACUAUUGUAACCAUGACAACACUGGGUUAUGGUGACAUGGUGCCCAAGACAAUUGCUGGGAAGAUCUUUGGCUCCAUCUGCUCCCUGAGCGGGGUGCUGGUCAUUGCUCUGCCCGUCCCCGUCAUCGUCUCCAACUUCAGCCGCAUCUACCACCAGAACCAGAGGGCUGACAAGCGCAGGGCACAGAAGAAAGCCAGGCUGGCCAGGAUCCGCGUGGCCAAGACGGGCAGCUCCAACGCCUACCUGCACAGCAAGCGCAACGGGCUCCUCAACGAAGCCCUGGAGCUGACGGGAUCCACUGAAGAUGAACAGCAUGUGACUAAAGGCACCUCCUUAAUUGAAAGCCAACAUCACCACCUGCUGCACUGCCUGGAAAAAACAACCGGAUUGUCCUAUCUUGUGGAUGAUCCCCUGUUAUCUGUACGAACUUCCACCAUCAAGAACCACGAGUUCAUAGACGAGCAGCUCUUUGAGCAGAACUGCAUGGAGAGCUCGAUGCAGAACUACCCUUCCUCUCGGAGCCCGUCCCUGUCCAGCCAGCACGGGCUGGGCAGCUCCGGCUGCUCCCGGCGCAGCAAGAGGAGCCACCUGCCCAACGCCAGCGUGGCCGCCACGCGCCUGCGCAGCCUGCAGGAGCUCAGCACCAUCCACGUGCCCUGCAGCCAGCAGCCCUCCCUCACCACCAGUCGUUCCAGUCUCAACAUGAAAUCAGAUGAUGGGCUGAGACCGAACUGCAAAGCUGCCCAGAUAACAACAGCCAUCAUCAGCAUCCCCACGCCCCCCGCGCUCACCCCCGAGGGCGAGAGCCGCCCGCCCCCCAGCCCCAGCCACGCCAGCAUCCCCACCACCACGAGCAACAUCGUCAAGGUCUCUGCCUUGUAA